AUGAACGCGACGGUGAUCACGGCCCCCGUCAUGACUUUCCUCGGCGGAGUUACUAGGGCGUUCGAACCGCUGGGUCGCGGCAAGCAUGAAGACCGGAUCCCGUCACCUCGUGGCCCGAGCGGGGAUUAUGCGGAAGCCCAGCCAGAAAUGUCGUAUACAGCAAUCGCUGUUGUGACCUUUGUUGCUGCUGUCGUCUGUAGCUCACCGGUGAACGUUAUCUUAUUCGAGAUCGGUCUGGGUGGCAACCGCACCGCCACGUCGUAUCUGAACGUGGCUCCCGCGUUCAGUCUCGCUGAACAGCAGUUAAAUGCCCGCUAUGGAGAGAAUAUGAAGUUCAUGCACGUGCAUAAAUAUGAUAAGAAUAUCUCUGUAUGUGUUCUGGACGAGAAAAAGGAGUUAUGGGCCUGGACACCAAAGCCACGUUGCAGCAUUUCAGGAAACUCUGUUGCCAGUUUAGCCAAAGCUUGGGACAAGCCUCUGAUCUUUGGGGUCCCAGGCAGUGCGCUGGCUUUCAACAAAACACGGUAUCCCACCCUGACGCGUUUGUCGCCCUAUACACCGGAAAACCUCAUCAGCUUUCUCUUGAAACUUCUGGGGAAGUAUCAGUAUAAUUCCAUCGGAGUGCUUUGUGACGCAUCCAAUGAUCACCUUUCUCUGUUCCUUCCUCUGUGCCUGGAGCUGAAAAAUCCGGAUAAGCCGAUACUAACCAAGAACAACAUUAACGCAUCGCAUUAUUUGGUCAACUCCGACGAGAAGAGGAAUCUGUCCGAUUACCUGGGCCAGCUUCGCUUGGUAACGAGAGUGAUUUUUAUUGUUGCUGAAAGCAAACGCUUCCGCCAAAUUAUGUUAAUGGCAUCGGAGAAGAACAUGACAAAUGGCGAAUAUGUUUAUUUCGCCCUUGAAGUGUAUCGGAGUCCGACAUUCUUCGGCAACAGCUCGUGGAAUACCGGCAACACUGAUGGACGAGACGAGGAGGCCAAAGAAGCCUACAAGUCCAUGUUUAUCCUGUCACUACGAGAUCACGCCAGCGACAAAACUACGCAGCAGCUUCUUGUCAAUAUCUCCAGUAGCGAACCUUACACACUGAACGGCUCCCGACCAAACCAACGGGAAACUGCUAACCCUUUUGCAUUGGGAUUCUACGAGGCGCUUAUGAUUUACGGCCAAGUGUUGAACGAGACCUACGCCAGCGGAGGAAAUUUAUCAGCCGGCGAACAGAUAUCCCAUAAAAUGUGGAAUCGAACCUUCAAUCUGGAGGGCAAACGUAUUGUGAUGAAUGCCAACGGCGAUCGGGAAUCGGAUUAUUCGAUUGCGCAGAUGGAUUACAGUACUGGUCAAUUCCAGGUUAGCAAUGCAUCUGUGUAA